AUGAAGACGCCAACGAGAAUUUCAUUUGAGAAAAAAUUACAUACCCCACCAAGCGGGGAUCAUGAUGCUGUAAGAUCACCACCUAAAAAGUUUCUAAGAGGUUUGUCUGGCAAAGUUUUCAGAAAAACACCUGAUCUUAAGAAGCAGCACACGCCUACCUUUCAAGAUGUGGAAGAUAGCCAAUUUACUCCUAAUUUUGGCUUAAUGAUGUCCAAAAGGGGCAAUAUACCUAAACCACUGAAUCUUUCUAAACCGAUAUCUCCUCCUUCUAGUUUGAAGAAAACAGCAGGAUCGGUAGCAUCUGGCAUUUCAAAGACAGGUCAAUUAAGCACUUUGAAUUCACCAGUUAAUAUCACAAGCAGUAACAAAUUCAACAUCAAAGGUAAAAAUUUGACAAGUAGCUUACUCCGAGAGUCGAUUUCUGACUCUACCACUAUGUGUGAUACAUUUUCAGACAUCAAUCUAAUGGUGAUGGAUGAAGAUUAUUGCAUUGACGGGGAUUCGUACCUUGAAGAAGAUUCACCAAUCUUAAUGAUGAAUUUGGCAAGAAACAUAAAAAAGUGCAAUUCGCAAUCUGGUCCAAAAAGAUAUGUCGGUGAGAAAUGUUUAAUCUGUGAGGAGAGUAUCAGCUCCACUUUUACCGGUGAAAAGGUCGUAGAAUCUACCUGUUCACAUACCAGUCAUUAUAACUGCUACUUGAUGCUGUUCGAAACUCUCUAUUUUCAAGGCAAGUUCCCUGAAUGUAAAAUAUGUGGCGAAGUUAGCAAGCCAAAGGAUGAAGACAUUGUUCCCGAAAUGGUAUCGAAACUUCUAACGGGCGCAGGCGCUCGUGAAAGUAGCCCAUCAUCAGACACGCAACAACAAUGGAUUGAUUUGAAAUCGGCCAGAAGCCUUGCUGGUCGAUUCCCUCUGUUUACUCCGCAGGAACAAUUGAUUCGUACAGCUGACAUAUCAUGUGAUGGUUUCAGAACACCGCAGUUAUCAAACAACGGACGAUUUGAAACUGCUAGUUACUUGGAUAGCCCAAUGCUGAGCUCACCAUUUAUCAGUCAACCAGCAUCUGCAGAACCUUUUAAUUUGGGCCGUGAUGAGCUGGAGAAUGGUGGUGACAUACUUGAAUGCGCUGCCAAAGCAUGGUUUAGUGAAACGGAAAAUGCGAACGUGAUGAUUAAUGUGAAUUUCCCCGAAGUGCAAGGUAGUAAUGAAUCUAAUGAUUUGGAGAUAUUACAAGAUGUGAAUUGUGUAAAUUUCGAAGAAAUAGAGGAAAGAGAAAAACUGUGGAAAGAGAAAAUUGACCAAUAUAUUGAAGCUAAUGUGGACAAGGAAAAUGAAUUCGGCAGCUUGAUCUUGUUCGAUAAAAUAAUGUAUUCUGACGAUGGUGAACAAUGGGUAGAUAAUAGUGUCGUAAUGCUAUUCACCAAGUUUCUAGUUUUAUUUGAUUUUGGAGAGAUGAGAAUUUUGGGCAAAAUCCCGAGGGAUCAAUUUUGUCAGGUAAUCAAAUUCGACGAGAACAUCUUACUCUGUAGUUUGAAAAGCACCAAUAUACCUGAAAUUUACUUGAAAUUCAGUGAAAACUGCGAGAAGUGGCUACCUGCAAAAUGGAAGUAUUGCUUAGAAGAUGCCUCAUUGGACACACUGCCAUUGGGUGAAAUCGUCUCUACAGUGGAAGAACUCUGUCAUGGGAAUAUAUUGGGCGCAUUAGGGGUGCCCUUCAGUGCGGUAGUACCACAAUCUAAUGAUCGACAUCUGCCUUGGAAAAAAUUGCAGAAGGAGACGCCACUGAAGCUUAUAGUGUGUUUAAAUUUGUCACACACUGGUGGAGAACAGUACCGCGAGGACGUUUUGGAAACCGUUUAUCAAAUCCUGGAUGAUCUGAAUGUUGACGACUUGCUGGGUAUAGUGGUUAUUGGAAGAGAUGGAUCCGGCCAGGUGGGUCCCUUUGGUACCUUUAUUGGAAUGAUAAAUAAGAACUGGGAUGGAUGGUCGACCUUUUUGGAUAAUUUGGAAAUCGUUGAUUCUAACGUCUUUCAAGACGAAAAACAGGAGUAUAGGAUCACUUUGAAAACUUGUGAAAGACUAGCGUUAACAAGCGCGUACGUAGAUACAAAUGAACAUGGUGGAGCUGGAUAUGCCAAACAGAUCUUAGUUCUUAAUGGUAAGGACGUUUGUGGAAUGAGACACGAUCAGAAACUAAAGAACACUUCUGACCAAUUGUCUAGUCUCUGGAAGUACGAAAUUUCACAACGUCGCAUGGUCCCGACAAAAGCUGACAUGAAACAAUUUCUAAAGGAGUUGCACAGUAAGCGCUAUUUAAAUGUGGCCUGCAGUCUACCAGAAGCUACAUCCCAGCAGCUGUAUUUUGGGGACAUGGCAGCCGGUGAACUAAAAAUGCGUCCAAUUCAAGAUAGGCACCCGCAUUCUAACUCGAUAGAAAUAGAAUACUUUGACCACAUAAAGCAGCAAAAAAUUCGCAAGACCCUAGAAUCCCCAGGCUUUUAG